AUAAAUAAAAUGAGUUUUAUUUUUCAUUUAAAAUAUUUUAUUUGAUAUAGUUUCAGCAUCUGUUGUAACUUCAUUUCCAACAAAAGCUCCAUUUAAUUUAUGCUGUGAUACAAGUGAACGAUAUAUAGCUGCAAGUAUUGAUAAAACCGUUUAUGUAUAUGAUAGUCGUUCAACUGAAAAACCACUUAUUGUUCGUGAAGAACACGAACCAAUUGUUAAACUUGCAUGGAGUCGAACAGGAUCAUCUCAACUUGGUUAUUGUAUUCGAGAUUCUCCAAAAUUUCUUGUUUUGUCAGUAUCAACAACUAAUAAUUAUGAAAAUGAUACUUUUGUUCAUCGAAUUCUUCAAUGUCCAAUUCAACGUUAUAGAAUUAGUUUAGCAUCAUUUGAUUGGAAUUAUUUUGAUGAACAUCGUCUUGUUUUACUUAGUGGAAAAGAAUAUUUUGAUUAUGUUAUUCCAUCAAAAUCAAAUAUUUGUUAUUCACCACGUAAUGGUCUUUUGUGGACAAAUGAUCAUGAAAUUCAUCCAUCUAUAAUUAGUCAAGAUCAAACACAAAUAUAUUCAAAAGUUCUUUUUACAUAUGAUUUAUUAAAUGUACAAAAUGAUCGAAAAACUAUUGGUGCGUCACAAGCAACACCAAAUACAGAAUUAAUUCAAAUGGAUUUAAAAACAAUGACAAAAGGAACACAAUCAACUAUUGAACAAAUACAAAGAUGGAUUAAAAGUUAA